AAAGCCUCCCCCUACCCCAACUUCCCCUCCCCUUAAAUCAUCUCCCAUCCAAGCCUCGAACAAACCCUUGAAUCCUCUCCCUCUCCCUCUCUCUCGCUCGCCUCGCUUCUCCGAUGGGUCAAGGCCAGUCAAGGCCGGAGACGUGGAUGGAGCCAAGGCCGGGUAUGAGGCCGAUCCAGCGGAAGAUCGAGCAGGUGAAACGGCGAAGGGGAGAGAGGAAAUUGAGCAUCGUCUCCACCGCGGAGCUCCUCCGCCAGGACGAGCACGAUGAGAUAGUCAACGACGAGUCCACCCGCAGCGAUGCCGGGACGGAGGUGUGGCAGGAGGACGAGGUCACCGGAUCACCGAAGACCGUUGACACCGCUACCACAGCUGCGGAGAAGGUGAAGGAAGGGACAACGAUAGAUGAUGAUAAGAAGGUAGCGACAAUGGUGGAGGAGAAGGAGACCACGGCGGUGACGACAUCUGUACCGGGGAAGGAGGAGGAGGAGAGAGGGUUAGAAUUCACGGGGGAGGAAGAGGACGACGACGAGAAGGGGAGAAAGUUUGGGUCUUUCUCAGAGGACGGGGAACUGCCGGGAUCCCCGAGUUUUAGGUUCUAUUGCAUGGAUUUGGCGCGCGACUCGGAGGAUGACGACUCGGUUAAACUCGGCGCCAAUGGAAGGAAAGAUAAACUCCCAGAAAUCAUGGAGAAGGAGGAGAAGACUCAUGCGAGGGGAAAAAGUGCCGACUCCAUGAAUUUGAAUGAGGACUUGGAGAUAAAGCCAUUGAAGAAGGACAAAGGAAGGAGAUUGAAAGCUUUAACAAAGGCGCCUGGCCAUGUAUAUAACUUGCUUAACGUCCGAAAUUGCUACAACUACUCUUUUUCAGCCACCAGUCGAGAUAGAGAAGGCCUUCUAGGUGGAAAGGCUACUUUGUAGAAUUAACACAUCCAACAAAUCCUUCUUUAGUUUCAAACACAUAUGUAUUGAAGCAUAAGUGGGUAUAUAUCUCCUAUCCAUUUUUUACUCUCGUAUGUACUCCUAAUUGUUGCCUUUGUUGCGAAAAUGUUCUUGGAAACUGGAUCUAAGGCUUGCUCCUUGUUGAGAACUUUUAUCAAUCCAAAUGCACAUAUGGUGCAAGUAAAUUUAUACAUUU